UACAGAGAAAAAAAGUUUAGGGUUUGCGUUGUUCAUAUCGAAAGCUUCAAAGAUGAUCGAGGUAGUGUUGAACGAUCGAUUGGGGAAGAAAGUGAAGGUGAAGUGCAACGAAGAUGACACCAUUGGUGAUUUGAAGAAGCUGGUUGCUGCACAGACUGGUACACGCGCCGAUAAGAUUCGUAUUCAGAAGUGGUAUAAUGUGUACAAAGAUCAUAUUACCCUCAAGGACUACGAAAUUCAUGAUGGAAUGGGCCUUGAGCUCUACUACAACUAGAAUAAACUAUAGGUUUAUCAUGUGAUGGAAAUACACUGGUGGACGUAUCUCAGCUGCCAUGUUUUAAAUAAAAGAUUGAUUGUUGGCUUGUAAUGUAAAGUUUGACAUGUUUAAUCAACUUUAAGGAAAAUGCUCAACUCU